CCUUGUCUUCAUUCAUCGAUCACCGCAUUCAAUCUAGAGUAGAGUAGAGUAGAAGUCGAACGGACCUCACAUCUACAUCGGCAAUCCACGACCGCUCCCUUCAGUAGCCCGUCAUGGCCAUUGAAGAGCUCGACGCCGUCGCCCUCUCCUUCGGUCUCUUUGCCUGCCUCUACGGCCUGUUCAGCUACCAAAUCAAAGAGCGCCUCUAUCUGUCCGAAGCACCCCUCGCCUUUCUCGUCGGCAUCCUCAUCGGACCCUAUGGACUAGGGCAGCUCACAAAAUGGGAUGGAGAAGGAGAAGAUGCAGCGUACGCAGACCAAAUCUCCCUCGGUCUGAGCAGAAUCGUCAUUGGCAUUCAGGUCGCUCUGGUGGGCGUCCAACUGCCAAAGUACUACCUCAUUCAUGAGCUGCGCAGUCUGUCCAUCAUGCUGAUACCGGUCAUGGCAUGCAUGUGGCUCAUCACCGCGGUGCUCAUCACAUGGGUCAUCCCCGACGUGCCCUUGAUCGUCGCGCUCGUCAUAGCUGCCUCUGCGACACCUACGGACCCGGUGUUGAGCAACGCAUUGGUAAAGGGAAGCUUUGCGGACCAGUACGUGCCUGCCAGGCUACGCAAUGUCAUCUCAGCCGAGUCGGGCUGUAACGAUGGCUUGGCCUAUCCCUUCCUUUUUCUGGCUAUCCGCCUCCUCAAGGCGCCCACAACCUCGCAGGCACUCGGCAAUUGGCUGCUGACUGAUAUAGUCUAUACCGUCGUGGCGGGCGCAGCAAUGGGUGUAGCUAUCGGUUUGGCGGCCAACAGGGCUCUGCGUUUCUCCUGCCGACACGACUUCAUCGACAAGGAGUCGUUCCUCCUCUUUGGCCCCAUGCUCGGUCUCGCCUCCAUCGGCCUCGCAGGCGCAAUGGGACUCGACGAUGUCCUCGUCUCCUUCGUGGCGGGCAAUGCAUUUACGUACGACGACUGGUAUCGAGUGGAGACGGAGGAAGACGAGGUGCAGAACGUCUUAGACUUCUUGCUCAACAGCAUCUUCUUUGCAUUCGCUGGAGCGGCCGUGCCCUUUGCUACAUUCAAUCUGCCCGACCUCGGGAUCACACCUUGGAGGCUCAUCGUACUAGCCGUUCUCGUCCUCCUACUUCGACGUCUCCCACCUAUGCUCCUCUUCUACAAGGCCAUUCCCGCACUCCGUGAUGUCAGCGAGGCGGCCUUCGUUGGCUACUUUGGCCCCAUUGGAGCCGGGGCGAUCCUGUACGCUAGCAUCAUCCUUCACGAGUUUCCCCUCGUGUCAGACGGCCUCGACCCAAUGGGUCAGCGAGUACGUGAGCUCAUCCGACCCAUCACCUUCGUUCUCGUCCUCGCAAGUUUGCUGGGCCAUACGCUUCUAGUGCCAGCGGUCAAGUUCUUCCUCGACGCCCGAGGAGCGCGAGAUGAGAGGCACGAGGCCGCCAGCGCUGAUGAAGGGGAGGACGACGAUGAGGCUGCGGAAGAACAUUACGAGUCGGGAAUGAGCCCGCCGCCUGAGGAUUCGCAAGGCCAGCGUCGUAGGGGUCCCGGUAGUGUGCGUGGUCGCUCAUCCAUGGUCGGUACUCCCGACGUGGAGAUGGCCCAACCUGCUUCGAGUGUCCAUCACGCUACGCUCCGUGCUCGCUCUUCUUCGACUACCGCAGACGUCAAUGCUGCCUACUGCAGGCGCCGAAGCACAGCAGAUGGCUCAUUGGAGCGAGGCAAUGGUGGAGUCGAAGGGGCAUCGGCGCCGCAUGUCGACGAAUCAUCGUGGCGCCACUCAAGUGGGCAUAAGCUCGGACCCCAUCGCGCGGUUGAGGCUCAUGAGAGGGACAGAAGUAGGAGGGGCUAG